CGCACGGCAGCGCCCCAGACCGCGAGCAACCGCGCCCGCCCCCGCCGGGGCUGGGGCGCAGAGCCGCCACCCCGCAAGCUCCCGGGCCCCCUGCCACCUCUAUGAGAGGAGGAGAAGCCAGGCGCAGGAGCAGGACGCUCGGCAGCCGGACUCCUCCGCGGGCCCCCUCCUCCCGCGCCCCCCGGGCGCCCGAGAGGCGAAAUGCAACAGCGGCGCUCGGGCUGAGAGGGGAAGGGGCCGGCGCCAUCCACUCGCCCGGAAUCCGGUCCCCUCGGCGGCUGCGCGUCCCGGCCGCGGCCCCCCGGGCCCGCGAGUGAGCGGCGGCAGCAGGAGGAGACGCGGCCGGCCCGGGGCUGGCCGGGCCUGGGGAGGGGGGACGGGGCGGGAGGAGCGCGCGGGGGGCGGGGAGGGGGCCCCGGCGGAUAAAGAUGGCAAUGUCUCUCAUCCGAGCGUGCCGCAGCCUGGCUCUCUCAACAUGGCUGCUUUCCUUUUGUUUCGUGCAUCUGCUCUGCCUGGACUUCACCGUGGCCGAGAAGGAGGAAUGGUACACCGCCUUCGUGAACAUCACCUACGCCGAGCCCGCGCCGGACCCCGCGGCCGGGGGAGCGGGCGGCGGCGCCGAGCUGCGCACGGAGAAGACGGAGUGCGGGCGCUACGGGGAGCACUCGCCCAAGCAGGACGCCCGCGGGGAGGUGGUCAUGGCCAGCUCGGCCCACGACCGCCUGGCCUGCGACCCCAACACCAAGUUCGCCGCCCCGACCCACGGCAAGAACUGGAUAGCCCUCAUCCCCAAGGGCAACUGCACGUACAGGGAUAAGAUCCGGAACGCGUUCCUGCAGAACGCCUCCGCCGUGGUCAUCUUCAACGUGGGCUCCAACAACAACGAGACCAUCACCAUGCCCCACGCAGGUGUGGAAGACAUCGUGGCCAUAAUGAUUCCGGAGCCGAAAGGGAGGGAGAUAGUGAGCCUGCUGGAAAGAAACGUCACCGUGACCAUGUACAUCACCAUCGGAACCCGGAACUUGCAGAAAUAUGUGAGCCGCACUUCGGUUGUGUUUGUCUCCAUCUCCUUCAUUGUCCUGAUGAUCAUUUCCCUCGCAUGGCUGGUCUUUUAUUACAUCCAGAGGUUUCGGUAUGCAAAUGCCAGGGACAGGAACCAGCGCCGACUGGGAGAUGCAGCAAAGAAAGCCAUCAGCAAGCUCCAAGUCAGGACAAUCAAGAAGGGUGACAAGGAGACAGAGCCUGAUUUUGACAACUGUGCCGUUUGUAUUGAAGGGUACAAGCCCAAUGACGUCGUCAGGAUCUUGCCCUGCCGGCAUCUUUUCCACAAGUCCUGUGUUGACCCCUGGCUUCUAGAUCAUCGCACCUGCCCCAUGUGCAAGAUGAACAUUCUUAAAGCCCUAGGGAUCCCGCCCAACGCCGACUGCAUGGACGACUUGCCCACCGACUUCGAGGGCUCUCUGGGAGGGCCGCCAACCAACCAGAUCACAGGCGCAAGCGACACGACAGUAAAUGAAAGUUCAGUCACUUUGGACCCUGCUGUCCGGACUGUGGGAGCCUUGCAGGUGGUCCAGGAUGCAGACCCCACGCCCCAGGAGGGAGAAGUUAUCUUUACUACCAACAGUGAGCAGGAGCCGGCUGUAAGCAGCGAUUCUGACAUCUCGUUGAUUAUGGCAAUGGAAGUUGGACUGUCUGAUGUAGAACUUUCCACUGACCAAGACUGCGAAGAGGUGAAAUCUUGAAAUGGCGAAUAUAGAAAAAGAGAUAGUAGGACCCAAGGGGAAGGAAGGGACGAGUACGCUGGGACUUGAACCAGGCACACACACCUGCAGAGCACCUUGGCAACUCCAGGGUGCUCCGUUCAAGAAUGACAACGAAAAGCAAUAUCCAAAGUCUUGUUAAUCAGGAUGCAGUUUCUCCAUCUCUGCGACAGUCCGCGGCCUUGGCAGCUCGGAGGGUGAAAGCUGGUUCCCGCGUCCUUGCAGGCGUACGCUUCAGAAGCUCCUACGACAGAGACAGAAAAGACACCUUUAGUAUUUCUCGGUUUCAUUUCAGUUUUUUCCGGGUCUUAAUUGUUCUUGUUUUUGGAAUGUCGUUUGAUUUCUUUGGCAAUUUCUGUUUGAAGACUAUGUGUAAUUGACUUUAUAGCCACUCCUUUGUUCUUCCUUUGGUUCACUCCAGCUUUUGUAUAGAUUUCUGUUUAGAAGCACCAGUUCCUCCUAUGGUCAGUUUGUAGUCCACCUCUGAGAGGUAGGGUCUUGACCUCUUGGCAUGAAGUGUGCAUGACUUUGAGAAGUGCCUCCGCACCCUGAAACAGACUAAGGCCAGCUUCCAUUAAGAAUCUAAAUUCUUUUAAGUGGGUCUUGAAAAUCCCAGCUGCCAAAGACCCCACCACCAAGCUCCUAUCUGCUGAGCCACUGCUCAUUAUUUUCAGCAGCACCACACCGGCUUCCGCUUGACAGGCUCUGUUAAGGGCCCUGGUGACGUGUGGCGGGAGCUCUAGGGAAGAAGUUCAAUUCAUCUGGGUCUAACUGUCUUUGGCUGAAAUUCUGAACUCGGAAGCACUCUCCAGGGCCUCCAAUCUUCGGUGGCUGUGGGGCUGGUUUUAAAACCAGAAACUGCAUAUUCUUCCCAUUAAAAACAAAAUGCCUGUUGCCUUGGCUUUCCCUGGGCUAAAGUAGAUUUUUGUCACUUAGUGGGUCAGCAGGAGAUGGGGGCUUUAAAAACGGGUCGGUCAUUUUUGAGCCCAGUGGCAAACACAGUGGGGGCUGCAGUAGCACCUAGAUCUUACCUUAAUUUCAAAAUACUUCUGUUACACCUCACGAGACCACAUGGAAGGCUUUGCUUCCUGGGGCUCCCAAGUGUGUCCAGAUACCAGGUGGGGAAUGAGGUGUAUGGUUUGAUAAAUCAUUUGAACCAAAAAGUGCAGCAUGAGAAUUUGCUGAAACAAGUUUAUCCCGACUGAGAUAGACAAAGCAAGUAAGAGAGAAAGGAGAAGAGGUAUCCAAUGAAUACUCAAGUGCACCGCCAUUUUUAAAACUGUGUCUGUUUUUAUUCUUUUUGUGUAACUUUUUUUCAGAAAAGUGCUAUUUUUUUCUGAAAUAGCACUAUUUGUGCAAUUUUUUCAGUGGGCCAUUUUGUAAUACAUUGAGACUAUCCAGAUGCACAGAUGAUUAAGGUAAUGAAUAGCUUCUCUGAACAAUCAGAGAGGGUCACUUCAUCAUCUCUAAGCAGUUGGCCAAGGCCAGGCUGUUGCUUGGAUUAACUACAAAAGAAAGGCUUUUCUCACUGCAUUGUAUUUACAUAUUUGACGAGAGCUUUUCCACCUCAAGAUGCUAACACUCAUUCAAAAGCAGAGUUCAGUGCUGCUGUAAAAGCUCACCACCUGUUCAUUCAUGGCGUGCGGGCCAAGGGAGAAAGAACACUACUAGUUGCUCUUUUUUUACCGCCUUUAAUAAUUUCCCAUCUGAUGGUUUAGAAGGAGACAGCAAGGCAAAGGAAAAUGAUUACCACCUUCAGAAAGAUCUGGCACUUGCUGUAAAGAGAUCCAGUCUCUAGGUGUGGGAAGGCAGGCAGGGAGGAAUAAAGAGACCUCUGACCCAGGAGUCCUGGGUGAGCCACACCCUUGCUAGCUCUCAGCUUUUCCAUCUAUAUGGUGAAGAGUUUAACAACACAAUUUCCAAAGCUUCCCUGGCUGUAGCAGCACUGACUAGCAUUUUGCUAGGUGGAUAUACUUUUUGCAGAUAGCUGUGACAUGGGCAAGCAGGCUGAGGCUUGGGGAGGCAGAGUUAUUUGACUUACAACAUGUAAUAACAGCCUGUGAGAUUUGGCACUCCUGUGUUGCUGCGGAUGAAGAUCUAAAUGAUUGAAGUUUUAAUUCCAGGUAGGAGUUGGUUUGUUCUGCCUUGUUGAAAAACUGCCGUUAGUCACAGAGUCUUCGAUCUCUGGAUACCUUCAAAUCCCACCUCUCAAUGUGGGAUUCUUGAUCUCAGUGUAGGUCUGUACUACUUACUCCUCCUUCAGUCAGCUUUGCCCAAAACAGAUUUUGGAAUUAUUGGUAUUAACCUAAGUCCAGUGGAAUUAGAAAGAAAAUUCAGCAGCAAAAGAAAUAUAAAUUGUAUUUCCUACCCAGAGAGAAAACGCCCUUUGGCUUGUAUAGUCCUCUGUUUGAUGAGUGUUUUUCCUUCUUGCCAAUAACCAGAUAAAUCAGGAUUUGACUCAAAUGCAGGCCCUGGUCACAGCUGCCCUACAGGAUGCUGUGUGGAUGAUAAGGGGUCCCAGAGGCCAACCUGAGGCCUGUGAAUCUGACCCCAAGGAGGUACUGCUGCAAAUCCCAUGAGCUUAUGACAUUCUCUACUUACCAAAGGUUUAUUUCUAGAGAUUUCCCUGUGGCUUUGAUAGUUUUUUAAAAAGUAUAAGCAGAAAGUUUUCAUUUCAAAAGAAAGAGAAACAGCCCUUCUCCAUAGCCUUCUUCAUCACCUCCCCCCAAAAGAGACUCUGACCUGGAGACCCAGUGGUCCACAGAUGAGUGUCAAGGGUGUCGAACCCUCUAGAUGCUGAUGCAGAUUGAAUGUGCAUUUGCAGAUGUGCAUUUUUCUAAAGCGAGGGUCUAGACCAGCACUGUCUGAUAGACAUAUAAUGCAAGUCACAUACUUAAUUUUCUACUAGCCACAUUUUUAAAAAGUAAAAAGAGACAGAUAAAGUCAUUUUAAUCAUAUGUUUUAUUUAACCUAAUAUUAUUGUUUCAACACAUAAUUAAUGUAAAAAGUAUUAAUGACAUAUUUUACAUUCUUUUCUUGUACUAAGUCUCAUCCAUUGUGUUUUUUACACUCACAACACAUCUCGAUCUAGAUGAGCCAUGUCUCAUGCACUCAAUAGCCAUAUGUGGCUAGCGGCCACUGAUAGGACAGCACAGGUCUAGAGCUUCUCCAGUAGCCUCACAAGAUUCCCUGACCCUUGCAAAAGAAAAAGGUGAAAACCUUAAUUACCUCCAGAGAGAACCAGACACCACCCAAGUCGCCUAAUGAAAGGCCCAGAGAUCCGUUUAUUUUAUAGUGAAUAAAGAUUCAGGCAGCCCUUUCUGCAAUGUCUGCUUGAACUUUCUAGCCACAUCACUGAUGUCUAUUAUCAUUUAAUCUUACUUUUCUGGCCAGUUGUUUUUUAAAAAGUCACACAAACCUUGUCAAUUUGGUGCUGAAACAAAAUUAUAUCCCUCACUUCUAUGAUAAACCCUUAGGCUAAUAUAUGGCACUUAAGAGCCAGAGAGAAUUCCAGACUGAAGUCAUCCAACUUUACUUUAACUCUUUCUUAUUUGUGGCCAGCAGAAGGUCCUUUCCCAGUCCCAGUGUCUGCUGUCCCCACAGCUGUAGCUAAAACUUAAGGAUUUUGGAAGAAAGAGUGAGAAAUUACAUAUUGACUCCAAAUACAAAACUUACUGUGGCCUUACUAAGAAAAAAUCUUUGGGGCUUAUGACUGCCCAGCCCCUACUUAGUGAAUUCUGACCACCUCCGAUAGCCAGCUUUGUACUCAAGGUGAGCAUCCACCUACCACCCCUAGAAAAGGAGCAUUAGCAUUCACUCAGAAUAACUUAGGGUCACCUUUAGGAAUUGCUACCUCCUGUGUGUCUAGUCCCUUUGGAAGAGCUGGCCCCUGACCAUGGAACCACCAUCUGAACAUUAACUUAUGCUCUAAGUCAAUGUUCACCUCCCUGGAACAUAAACUCUGGUCAUCUAUGUAGAGAGAGAGAGAGAAGCAGGAGAAAGUUAAAAGUGACAAAGGUACCUACCCAUUUUGGCAUCACAGGGUAAUGAUCAUAACCAUGGAAGCAAAUCCCUGUCCAAAAAGGUUUUCUUUUUUAAAAAAAAAAUUGUUUUGCUUUGUUUUUAGCAUUUACCUUCAUCCUGGUGAGAUAUCCUGGUCAUUCAUGGGCCUUGGUUUGGUCAUAUCAAAAAUCACAGUGCCCGGUGGCCAUUUCUGUCACUGCCCUGACAGCUGUGUGGCUACCAUACUUUCAGAACCAAAAAUGAUGACAGGUAGUCUAACCUGGGAUUCUUUCUUAUUUAUGAAUUGUUUAGAUGGAAAUUUUUACAGAGCAUAAAAAUUCAAUGGUUAUCCAUUGAAUGCAUCACCUUGACUGAAAACAAAUCUCAUUGAAUCAAAACUUUUUCAGAAAAUCUGGGCCAGGAGUCACUCCCUCUAGGAGCAGGGGCCCAGCCCAGGGGCCCUCAGUGGUACUAGGACGACCGAAGCAAUUUCCAGUAGCAUUUUUAUGUAUUCUCUCACUUAGAUUCCUUUCUCUUUUAUGUCUGUAUCUCUCCAACUCUAUUUUCCUCUGCCUGCCUGUCUCUUUCUUUGUGUACACAUACAAAUUCUUUUCCUAUUUUCUCUCUCCUCCUCCCCUCUUUUCUUCCUUCUUUCUUUUUAUUCCAGUCUUGCAAGAAACUCUGAAAUAACCUUCAGGACAAAAAUCAUUGGUGGCUCUGUAUUUGUAGUUACUGUGAUUACUGUUGUUGGUGUUUUUCUUCUUUUUAUUGUGUGGCAAUAUCUAUGUUUUCACUUAUGAUGAGGGAAAAACUAGUUUACUAUAAAGGCCAGUUAAGUUCCUCCCUAAUGGAAUCAUACUCAGUUUCACUUCUUAUAACACAAAUUGCAUCUCAAACCACCCAUAGCUAUUACCUUUUAAUUCGGGCUUCCUUGCCAUAAAAGUCUCUCCUAGGCAAAUAAUGGCAAGCUAACAAUUCCAGAAUGCUGUCUAAAUCUAUUUUCUUACACUCCCAACAUUUACAACCUUCCUCAUUCACCACAUUCUUCCAGGGUUAGGAUUUCUUAGAAAAACUCGGGUGUAUUGUACCUAAUGUCCACUCAUGCUUCUUAAUAUCUUAACACAAGAGCUUGCUCAUUGUCAGUGACCCAAGGGCCACUAAUUCCUAAAGACUAACAAAGAGACUACUAAGGUAGAGGAUACACGGUUCUCUGUGCAUUGCUCUGUGCCACCAAGGUCCUUCAUCCAUGGCCAGGACUGAUGAGCACAUCUGAUGAUGGUGGUUAAAAGGAAAUAGGAAUAUUACCCUGCAGGAAGUCAGAAAAGAGGAUGGCAGGAUCUCUGGUCAGAGCAGGGGUGGAAAGCUUCUGUGAUUAACAGAACACGAAUGCUUCUCCUAAAUAAAUGUUCAUCCCUAGGUUUAGAGCUGACCUGGGUUUCGGGGUUUAUGUGUUUGUGUGGAUGUGCUUAAGGAAUUAAAUCUUCAUGAGUUAAAACACUCAUGAUUACAGAGAAGGUUGGGAUUGCCUGAAAAAUAAAUUCUGAGAAGCAGCUAUGAGUUUCUCAUCAUCACUUAGCUCUUCCUUUUCCCUGCUUUUCUCCCCAUCUCACAACCUCAGACCCUUUGUAAUAGGAACAUUAAUUUUUAAAGACCCAUAGAUCGAUAGCCACACUCUUCCACUUUGAGCCUUUUGAUGGCACUAAAUUAUUGUCCCAGGACUAAUGAAGUGAGUUCAUAUCCUAGAUGUGCACCUUUAAUACCGAGUCCUUUAAUUGCAAAACCUGCUUCUACAAGAAUCUGCUGAGGUCAGUAACAUCUCUGUUUACAUGUCUUGAGUGCUUCAUAAUCAAGUGGCUUUUCCAGGAAUCUCAGUGAUCAAAGAUUUUCUAAUCCUGUGCUACUAUUGACAUUUGCACUUACUACGGAGCCAUUGGCUCUGUGGCCACAUGAUAAAUAUUUGUUGAUGAUAAUGAUAAGGCAGGAAUAUAUACAUCUCUUAAGAGGUCUGUUGGUCUGAACACAGUGAGGGAGAAAAUCCAUGGAGUGCAGUAGCUCAACCUGAAUUACCCAAAGCCUUUGCUUGGCAGAAUAUCUGUGGUCUGUUAUCCUUACUGAAGUGACAGGCUUGGAGAAGCAGGGAAAAUGUGGGGACCAUGUGUGCUAUAUAAACCAAAGACUGAAUACCUUCCAAAUGGACACAUGUUUCUUCCAUUGACUAGUUAAAUUUUCUCCUAAUGUUCUCAUAAAUAAAACUGAAGGUGGUUUGCAUGGUUGAAUGAACCAUGAAACCUUAGGAGGUUUUCUCUUGUAGGCUGUGGAUUGACCUUACUAAAUCCAGAAAUAUAAAAAAAAAAAAAAAAUUAUGGCCUUAGUACCACAUCAUCUUUAAAAUUUAGCAUUUAGUCCCCUUUUCCUUAAAAAGUUUCAGAUAAAUCUAGCGCUUUAUUGAACUCAGAAUAUUGUUCUCUUCGAGAAUGUGAAGAUUUUAAAUAGCCAAAGAAUUUUCAUGUAGAAGAGCUAGCUAAUUAUAGUAUAUCCUGCUCUUUUGAAGACAAUACCAAACUGUUGCCUGUACUGAUAGCAGAACAGUUGAAGAACUAGCACGUGGACUUUGCAGUCUGUUGGCAUCUAUGGUGCUGACUGAUCAGUAGGAUGCUAUUGCCAGGAGCAGAGUGCCCUCUGCUGGAAUAAUCACAGUUAUUCUUUCAGCAAAUUAAUUUGACUUGGGUCACCAUUUCCUCAACAACUAUACUAGUUAUUUGCCUUUCAUCAUACAAAUUCUUUAGUAGUUGAGAAUUUGGUCUACAUUUAUCAUACGAGGAAAGAAUGUCACAAAGUGAAAAAUUGAAGGAGACCCCAUAGAAGAUCUUCUGUCAGCAGUCCUGCAAAAUGUUCGAGUAUAAUGUUGCUCUAUUUGCAAAGAAGAUGCCUCUGGUUGAAAUGUUUGUGCAAAGGUAUAAGCAAGGGACUGCUUGUUUUGUAACUUAUCUCCACUUUAUUCUUGUGAAAUUGCAAAGGAAGAUCAAUAAAAGGACUUCUUUCAUAUGAAUGUAAA